AUGUCUUCAAUGAAUCAAUCUGGUUACCAAAAAAUUCUAGCUACCGUGCCUUCUAAUGAAGAGGACCUACUUGCAGCGGUGGGUCAUGAUACCGAUGCCUCGGCACAAUGGUCCUCCGGUCUCUGUAAUUGUUGCUCCGACGCCCCACUUUGUUGCAUAACAUGUUGGUGCCCUUGCAUCACUUUUGGACGAAUUGCUGAGGCAGUCGAUGAUGGAAAGACUUCUUGCAUUGCUAGUGGCGGGAUUCAUGCACUUUUGACUUAUAUGACCGGAUGCGGGUGGAUAUACUCCUUAGCAUAUCGUUACAAGAUUAGGGAGCAAUACAUGUUGGGUAGUAGCCCUUUCCAAGACUGUUUGGCUCAUUUUUGUUGCGAGAGAUGUGCACUAUGUCAAGAGAUCGUGAACUCCAACUACGUGAUUCUACCUUGUCUGCAGCUGGAAAGAAGAAACCCGGAGUGGAAGUUGUCCCGGUGCCCCCCAAACAAAUGA